UGCGGUGUUUAACCCAGUUCAGAUCACCUUCAGCUCCUCCUAUUCGGUCCCUCGCCCCAUUCUAAUCCCUUUCCCCACUCGUCGGCGCCGCUCUGUUGCCGAUCCUGUUUGGCCCGUCAUCCCUAGCACUACACCGGACGAUUCUGCGGCGUAGCCAGCCGCCGCGGCCGCUCCCCGCCCACUCACAUCAGGAUUGGCGCAAAAAAGACGCGCUUCGGCUGGUCGGAGUCCGUCGCCGCUGUGGAUAGGAAUUAGGGAUUUUUUUUUUUUUUUGACUUCUAGGUCGGCUGGCCUUUUUCUGCUGGGGCUCUGCUGGGGAGAAGACGGAAGCGCAUUAGGGUUUGAGCGCUCGCCGCCAUGGCUCCCGGGCGUAAAAAGGGCUCGAACCGAGUUAAGGCGGUGGGUCAGCUCAAGCUGGGGGAUCUUGUGCUCGCCAAGGUGAAAGGCUACCCUGCUUGGCCUGCCAAGAUAAGCAAGCCAGAAGACUUUGAACGACCACCAGAUCCUAGGAAAUACUUUGUUCAAUUUUUUGGGACUAAUGAAAUUGCCUUUGUAGUCCCAGCUGACAUACAGAUAUUUACUGAUGAAUCAAAGAGUAAGUUGAUAGCCCGUUGCCAGGGCAAAACAGUCAAACACUUUGCUAGUGCUGUUGAGGAAAUUUGUGAGGCUUUUGAAGAAUUGAACAAGAAGCAAUCAGUAGAAUCUGUUGCAUCUCCUUCAAAUAGUGAUUUGGAAGAUAUCAAACAUCCAGUGGAACAUAGUGGGGUGUCUCAUUUGAAGGAUCUUGAGAAAAAGGUUGAGAAUAAUACAAGUGGUGAGCCACUAGGUGUUAAUGUUGAUUCGAGGAGCCAAGAGGCUUGCAUCUCUUUGGAUCCGUCUUCAACUAAUUUAAAUGGCAGCGAAUCUCUCUUGAAAAGGAAAAAAAGCUCAACUAAUGAUGGUCAGAUUGCAAAAAAAAAGAAACCAGUAGUUUCCAAGUCAGAUUUAUACCCUUCUUCACACAAGGAGAAAUUGGUGAUCACUAGUUCUGAUGAUAAUAAGGACACUAAUAUUGAGAUAUUACCUGAAUUGGAAAUUGGAGAGCCACUUCCGAAAGUUUCAGCAGCUGGGGGACAUCACGAUUGCAAUGAUUCCAAAAGUGAAAGUGAACAUCAUGGGAAAGAUGUAAGCCAUGCUCUUCAAGAAAAUGAUGGUAUUGUUGCUAUGAAAAAGAAAGUUUUAGUUUCAAAAUCAUCUUUUUUUGCUUCUGGCAAGAAGAAAAAAUCAACGAGUGCUAGGCCAGAUGAAAUUAAGAACACUGAUAUACAAAUGCUAUCUAAAAUGGAACCAAAAGGUUUGGAUCUUGGCGAACUUGAUAACUCUUGUGAUCUGAAAGAUGCUAGUAAAAGUCUGAAGGUUCAAGAAGUUCGUGCUCAGGCUGUAAUGAGGAGAAAAGUUUUUGUUUCCAAAUCAUCUUCCUCUACUUCUUCCAGCAAUGAUAAAUUAAUGAGUAUCAAUCCUGAUGAUAUUAAUAAUGAGGACAUGAUAAUGUCGCCUAAAAUGGAAACUGAAGAUCUGUCUCCAAAAGGCUCAGCAGGGGGAUUUCAAGAUCACAGUGAUUCCAAGGGUGAAAAUGAUAAUGAAGAGGGAGAUGCAAGUAAUGCUAAGGUCCUGGAAGUUGGUCAUCAAACAACAAAAGUGCUUACUGAGCCGAAGCAAAAUGUGGAUGGUUCAGGAAUAAAAUCAAGUGUGGCUUUACGAAAGCAGUUGAAGGGUUCUUCUGGAAAGGGAAACAAGCUGUCUGGAGGAAAAAACACAAAGGUUACCUCACAUGACUCUAACAGAGAAUCAUCUCGAAAUACUGCAUCAGGUAGUGAUUCCAAAACUAGUAAGCUGCCAAAGAGCUUGAAAAUUUUGAAGGAAAAUUCUUUUCAAAAAGGAAAAAUGCAUAAUGAUCCUAGCUGUACCAAUGACCAUUCAGUGGCUUCUAGUGAUGUUGAGGAGAAUUUCAAGGGCAGAAGUAAAAAGCACAAGUUCGACGGAAGCAAUGAUUCAGGCCCAGCUAAGAGAGCAAAAUUGGUAAAAGAGGACCAGCGUAAGAAAUCAAUGCAGGGUGACUUAUUCCUAAGUGAGAAGACAAAGAAAUCAAGGAACUCCAUACUGAUUGAAAAUCAGUUUAUAUCACCUACAAAUAAUGAUGCUCAUGUUCCAACAGUAAAACAUGCUGAGGACAUGGAUGCAGGUGCAAGUUCUGCUGCUCAAAUUACUGAAAGUUCAGUUCAAACAGAUUCUAAACUUGUGAAAAAGCAUGAUAGGCCCUUGAGCACACAUAUCCGAUAUAAACGAAGAUCAUGUAGAAUUGAUGAUGAUGAUGAGGUGGAAGAGAUUAAGACACCAAUUCAUAAAACGUGCUCUGGGAACUUGGUUUUAUCAGAUUCAGGCACUUCAGUUUCUGAGCAGAAAUGUCACCCUGUGAUAGAGAGUAAUAAGGAUUCUCCAACCAAUAAAGAUGUAACUGAGAAGGCUGGUUUCACCAGUGAUCAGAAGUCUUCAGAUGGCAUAACCUUGCCCAUCAAUAUAACUGAAAAGAAUGAGAGAAAAGCUGAAAAAUCUCAAAGCCCUCAGACUUAUCAGAGUCCGACAAAGCGAGAAUAUCAGAAAUGUUCUUUUGGUGAUUCCAGAACUUCUAUGCUUUCACCUAAGGCUUCUUCUUCCCUUGAUGAGGUAUCAAAAUUGACAGAUCAAACAUCUGUUAAGCCCCAUGUAAAAACCUUUGAUUCUUCAGGGAGAAAAUCUCAAAUCACACCCUCAAAAUUCUCAAAAAGCAAAUCUGAGAGCUUACACUUAUCUACUAACCAAUCCGUGCCUGAGAAAAACAAGGCAUUGAAUAAAUCUAUCAAUAUGAAGGCACCUUCCAAAUCUAAUUCACACAAUACUGCACUUACCGAAAACAAACAUGAAAAGAGAGUUUCCUCUGAACGGAACACUGGAAAGGAUGCUUUAAUAGAGAAAAGAUCAGGAUUGGCUAAAGAAGAAAAACUGAUUUCUGUAAGCGAGUCUUCAUUUUCUGAUUCCAGUAAAUCAAUGAAACACCUUAUUGCAGUUGCUCAGGCUAAAAGGAAAGAAACACAAUCACGAUAUGUACACCCAGAAAAUCCUAUUUCUGUUAUAGUAUCGACUCCAAAUUUAAUCCAUGGAAUGAGUCCAAGUCCUGCUGCAUUGAUUCCCUUCAUUUCAGCAAAUUUGGCUAACAAGGAUAUGAAAGGAGCCUAUGCUGCUAUGCCUUCUGAUUCUCCAUAUGCAGUUCCUCAUGAGUCUUCUUUAACAAAUAAAGUCGAUCAUGAAGAAUAUGAGCACAGGAUAAGUCCUGAAUACAGGCCAGCCGGGGGUUCGCUAAGUGGUGGCACAGAAGCUGCUGUUGCCCGUGAUGCUUUAGAGGGUAUGGUUGAAACCCUUUCAAGGACAAAAGAUAGUAUUGGGCGUGCAACUCGUCUUGCAAUUGACUGUGCUAAAUAUGGUAUUGCUGGUGAGGUUGUAGAAUUACUUAUCCAAAAGUUGGAGAGUGAACCUAGCUUUCACCGUAGAGUUGAUCUUUUAUUCCUUAUUGACUCUAUCACUCAGUGUUCUCAUACACACAAAGGAAUUGCGGGAUCAUCAUAUAUUCCUGCUGUUCAGGAAGCAUUACCACGGUUACUGAAUGCUGCUGCUCCAGCAGGGGCUAGUGCUCGCGAGAACCGCCGCCAAUGUCUUAAGGUUCUGAGGUUAUGGCUUGAGAGGAAAAUUAUGCCAGACUCUCUCCUUCGGCGCUAUAUUGAUGACAUUGAGAUUCCCAAUGAUGACUUAAGUGCUGGGGUUUUUCUAAAGCGUCCUUCUCGAGCUGAGAGGUCUGUGGAUGAUCCUAUUAGAGAAAUGGAAGGCAUGCAAGUUGAUGAAUAUGGAAGUAAUGCUACAUUUCAGUUGCCAGGGUUCUUGUCAUGCCGUGUUUUUGAAGAUGAGGAGGAUACUCCUGUCAACAUUUUCAGUGAUUCGGGGAUUAAAAUGCCAGUUGAAACUGCUAGUAAAUUAGAAGAUUUAGAUUCUGGUGCAGUUACUCCUAAUGACCGACACCAUCACAUACUAAAGGAUGUGGAUGGAGAGCUUGAAAUGGAAGAUGUCAUUUUGUCCAAAGAAGAGAAAGGCAUAACUAGAAACAAUUUUCAAAACAAUGAAUUGCAACAUUGUGACUCUAACAAAUCGUUUGAUCCAACAUUUGCUAAUUUGACUGAGCUGCCCCCCCUGCCUACUAUCCCUCCACCUCCUGUGGAUUCUCCCCCACUGCCACCAUCACCUCCGCCUUUGCCUCUUUCACCCCCACCAUCUCCUCCACCUCUACCUUCAUCAUCUCCAUCACCACCCCCGCCCCCACCCCCACCGCCUCCACCACCACAUCUUCCACUGUCUGGACAAUUGUGUGUAUCUUCUGUCUCACUUCCACCUGCCCCUUCAUCUUCAUCACCAUCCUUAUUUUAUCCCCCAAUGCAGGAAGAAUUCAGAGCAGCAAAUUGCAACCAGGCGGUCCAUCUCUCUAACAAUACUAUGAUGCAAGGGCAGGAAGCUGCUUUAGGCAAUGAAGUGGUUUUGCAGCAGCGCCCAAACUUUAUGGCAAAUGGAAUGAGCAACACGCAAUCAAUGAACAGUUACAGUUCCUCUAGACCCUUUGAAUAUGGACAAAAUGAAUCGUACUUAGCUCCUCAGGCUUCUCAUCAUAUUCGCCAGUUUCAACAAGGAAAUACGCCCUUUCACCAAAUACCUUAUCCUUCACUUCCUCCUUAUGCUCCUACAGCUGGACAAACUGCUGGCCAUUUUUCACAUGCUACUCCAAUGAGUCAACAACCGGUGCAGCAGCAGUACAAUCCUUAUCCAUUGCCAUCUGUUUCUAAUAGUCACAGACAAUAUUUGGCUGAUGAACAGAGGAGAGUGCACACUAGUGGUUUUAGUCCAGAUAAUCAGCAUUCUGCUUGGGUAUCUACUGCAAGGCCAUCAUGUUCAGGGGCAUCUAUUGUACAGGAUGGAUUUCCAAGGUCUAACAUAGAAAUGCCACCUCCUAACUCUAUGGGAUUUCAGCUUCCACUGCACAAUUCUGUGCCUUCUGCAGUCCUUCCAGGACAUAAUUUUCCCCAGGUGUUGCCGGGCAGGCCAGAUAUUUCAGGUCUUAAUUGUUGGAGACCUGGUUAGAGUCAGUUCUGUUUGUUUGAAUAUGAUUUAUUCUAUGAUGUCUGGGAGCUGGAGAUGGAGAGCUUCUAAUAUCAUAAUGACGUAUCAGUCUUCAUCUUUCUUGUUGAAAUUGAUCUUAGAAACAAAGAUACCAUCAGAGAAUCAGAGGCAGUGAUACUCUGGUUUAUUCUUUUGGCUGGACUAUGUACAUUCUAAUUGUCUUAGCAACUGGAUCCAAAAUACUGACUCCGUAAAUGGGGAGAAAUUGAUGAAUCAUGCUUUGAAGCUUGGGGAAAGAGAAACAUUCUGGAGAAUUAAUUUGGUUUAAUAUCUGGGUUUUGGUGCAAAUGCUGGUGGCUUGUGGAUAUGUAUUAUAUUCAGCAUAUAUACUGGGAACAAUUGAGAAAGUUCUUGUCAACAAAUUUUGUACCAGCUAAACCACUUCAGAUUCAGAGACUCACCGCUACUGAAUGCAUCCUUGGUACUUCAAUGGACGAAGUCGGAGACGCGGGUGGUACCUUUAUUUACUUCCGAAUUCUCAAUAGCAUGCAAUAUCAGUCGUCAAAGUGCCGCGUAACUCGUAUCUUUUAUCAGUAGGCACUGUAGGAAAUGGAGUUCAUAUUGUGUCUAUGAACUUAUCUUACCUCAUGUCUCUGAAGUUUAUGCUACGACUGGUGAGAUCAUUUGCUCAUUUGCGGAACUGUUUGUUUAAUCAACGAGAGUUCACUUACAAUCUCUUGUUAAAGUUGGGAGCGUGGAGGUGCGUAAAUUCCGAUACAAGAGAAAAUUGAGUCAAUUGAACCGACUAAUAUGGAUGCUGACUUGAUUAUCUAGGCAGGUUGUAUGAAUUCACAUGAACAUCGUCAAUCGAACAAUUCAACAGACAUCAAUAUGAUUGAAAAUAGAUCCAAUCCCUCCAGCAGAUUAAAUACUUGGAUCCCUUACAGGCGCAGGCAAGCAAUAGGCGGCUCAAUGAUGAUCGACUCAAGAUGGCAAAUCAACUAUAUAGACGUGUAUGUAUAUGUUAGUCAUAGCACUUCCUGGAGAGCAAGAUUCAGUUCUUGUGCAGUCUUUGCAAUGGAUCCUCCUUUUCUGUUAAAUGUCAAGUACCUAGUCAAUUU